CCAAGCCCAGCAAGCAAAGCAACCAGUUCAGCUAGCUAGCUAGCUUAUUGGUGCAUAAUUUCAUCAAGCAAGUCUCCUGUGACCUUGCUCAUAUAACCAGUACGUCCGAGAUCGAUCGAUUAAGCUACUAGCUGUGCUAAGUAUAUAUAGCUAGCUAGUUACCUGUCGUCGUCGUCGAUCGUGCUUGCAUUCGUGCUUAUUAGCUCUGUCAACAAUGGCGUCGCCGUCCCGAACAAACAAGCCGCAGCUUGUGUUGUGGCCGUCACUCCUCACGCUGCUGAUCUUCUUGCCCGGCGCCCUAGAGGCUUCUGCUGCGGGUGCCGGAACAGGCACCAGCACCUUCUCCCCGAGCUCCAUCAGCUCCUCUGCCGAUGGUGCAGCAGCAGCUGCUACGGGCCGCAGGUCGCUGCUGGCGGCGUCGCCGUCGUCGAGCGUGUUCAGCCUCGACCGCUACGGCGCCUGCGGCGACGGGAGCCACGACGACACCCAGGCGCUGGCCCGGGCGUGGAACGCGGCGUGCGCUUCGCCGCAGCCGGCCGUCCUGCUCGUCCCCGGCGGCAAGCGCUACCUGCUCAAGCUCGUCACUCUUUCCGGCCCGUGCAAGUCCAGCGUCACGGUGACAGUGAAGGGCACGCUGGUGGCGUCGCCGAACCGGUCCGACUGGAGCGACGAGGACCGGCGGCACUGGAUCGUGUUCCGUCAGGUUGACAGGCUCACCGUCAAUGGCGCCGGCACCGUCGACGGCAACGGCGAGACGUGGUGGAAGAACUCGUGCAAGAUCAACAAGGCUCUCCCGUGCAAGGAGGCCCCAACGGCGCUGUCGUUCCAUUUCUGCACGAGCUUGAGAGUGCAGGAUCUGAAUGUUGUCAACAGCCAGCAGAUCCACAUGUCCAUUGAGGAUUGCACCGGCGUGCAGCUGACAGGCCUGUCGAUCACGGCGCCCGGCACCAGUCCCAACACUGACGGCAUCCACAUCACACGCAGCAACGAUGUGCAGGUCACCAACUGCAAGAUCAAGACAGGUGACGAUUGCCUGUCCAUCGAGAGUGGGACGCACAACCUCCAUGUGUCGCAAGUGGUAUGUGGGCCAGGGCAUGGGAUCAGCAUCGGGAGCUUAGGAGACGACAACUCGAGAGCCGAAGUCUCAGGCAUCACCAUAGAUUCAGUACAAUUAUACGGCACGACCAACGGAGCACGCAUCAAGACGUACCAGGGAGGAAGUGGGUACGCCAAGGACAUCACGUUCCAAAACAUGGUCAUGUACGACGUCGCGAACCCGAUCAUCAUCGACCAGAACUACUGCGACAAGGCUACGGCGCCAUGCGAAUUGCAGGGAUCGGCAGUGGAGGUCAGCAAUGUCGUGUUCAAGAACAUCAAGGGGACGACAGUGACCAAGGACGCUAUCAUGCUGAAUUGCAGCAGGAACGUCCCGUGCCUUGGCAUUACCCUGCAGAACAUUAACCUGAGGAUGCAGGGCAGUAACGGUAAGGAUGCCGCGGAAAGCACAUGCCAGAAUGCGAGAUGGAGAAAAUCCGGGACGGUUCUUCCACAGCCGUGCACCUCCAAAAACUAGCUAGCUAGCUAGGGCAUGCACACAGUUGAAACUUGAGCAGCUUAUUAGUUUGUAGCAAGCAUGUACAGAGAGUGUGUAUAGGACAUAUACUAUACUACUUAAACAUAUAGAUUCAUUAUUGGGCGGCUCUGGUAAUGGUAGCAAAAGACCUGCCAGUAAUUCGUUGUAAAAUUGAUCAUAAUAUAUAUCCGAGACGCAUAUCUUACUAUAAGUCGUCUCUAAUAGUAUAUCAAAGACACUUGUUCUUGAGGUCUGUCUGUUCUGUAUAAUACAUUAGAGGUGGCAUAUAAU